AUGGAAGCUCACCAGCAGGCUGUGGCAGCUAUUUCAUCGCGGGUAAAGACGUUCUACGACAAGGAAGUGCCCUUCCGCCUCUACCAUGGCAGUACCAAUACCACACAGCAACGCAAGAUCGAUCCCAACAAAGUCAUCGACACCAGCAAGCUCAACCAUGUCCUCAAAGUCGACACCGAGAAGAUGACAUGCCUGGUCGAACCGAAUGUGGCCAUGGACGAGCUCGUCGAAGCAACACUACCGUAUGGCGUCCUACCUCCUGUCGUAAUGGAGUUUCCUGGAAUCACAGUUGGAGGUGGCUUCGCGGGAACGGCUGGAGAAAGCAGUGGCUUCAAGUAUGGAUUCUUCGACUGCAUUGUGAAUUGGAUCGAGAUCGUACUUCCCGAUGGCGAGAUUGUCACGGCUUCUCCCACAGAGCGAUCAGAUCUGUUCCACGGCGCUGCUGGUAGCUUUGGCACGCUUGGGGUUGCUACGCUUUUUGAACUUCAGGUCAUUCCCGCGAAACCUUAUGUCGAGCUCACAUAUCAUCCGGUAACGAGCAUACAAGAAGCAUUGUCGACGAUGGACAAGGUCACGAAUGAUGGGUCGCUGGACUAUGUCGAUGGCAUUCAGUUCAGCCUGAACAAAGCUGUCAUCGUCACCGGUCGUCUGACUGACACACUCGACAUUGGCGUAAAGCUGGUCAAGUUCAGCCGAUCUAUCGAUCCUUGGUUCUACAUGCACGUCGACAGAACGACCGGAAACAGCCUAGAAAAGGUCAAGCUUGCAGCACCUGUGCAGGACUAUCUCUUCAGAUACGACCGUGGUGCCUUCUGGACGGGCAAAUAUGCCUACCAAUACUUCCUCACACCUUUCAAUCGAAUCACAAGAUGGGCUCUGGACUAUUUCAUGCAUACUCGCGUCAUGUACCAAGCACUCCACGAAAGCGGACAUGCAUCGAAAUACAUCGUUCAAGAUCUGCUACUACCACGCAGCGGAGUCGAAGAGUUCAUCAACUGGAUCAACAAAGAGUUCGAUUUCUGGCCCCUAUGGCUCUGCCCUCUAAAACGCGGCCAGGAAGUCUCCUUACACCCAAAACUCGGCGGCGGCGCCUACAACAAAGACGACAAAUCCGUCUCCUUCGUCAACGUCGGCGUCUGGGGUCCCGGCUCCACCGACUACGCCAAAUUCAUCAGCCAGAACAGACAAAUCGAGAAGAAACUCCGCGAACUCGGAGGUAUCAAGUGGCUGUAUGCUCAGGCCUUCUACACCGAGGACGAGUUCUGGCAGAUCUAUGAUAAGAAGUGGUAUGAUGCUUUGCGAGAGAAGUACCAUGCGACGUAUCUGCCGAAUGUUUGGCAGAAGGUUCGGGUUGAUCUGAGCAAGGCUUAUGCUGUGAAUGAGAGCUGGACGGCGUGGGCGAAGGGGUUGUUCUGGAAUACUUGGCCUAUGAGUGGGUUGUAUGGGGUGGCAAAGACGUUGUUGGAUAGGGAUUAUUUGCUUGCGAAGAAGUCGUAG